AUGACUCGGACCACCGCAGAGUUAUUGACAAGGGAAGUGAUAAACACUGGCAGAAUACCCUUAGGAAAUCCUUUUGGAAGGCCAUCAAUCCCACCAGAGAAACAAGUAUUGGUCUUCCUAGGGGCACUGGCGACCCAAGAGAGCACGCGAGAAAUCACCGACCGAUUUGACAUCACGUACAGCAGUGUUUCUCGGACUGUUGUUCGAGUUACUGAAGCCGUUUCUGGCCUUAAGAACCAGUAUAUAAGAUGGCCAAACGGUGAGUAAAGUAUACAACCUUUUACCAUGGUAUACCCGAACGAAACUUUCGUUGCAAAGGAAAGACUUUCGAUAGGUCAAUACAUUUAUGUUAGUCUCGAUUAGAGAGUGCUACAAUAACUUGCUACCAUGAGUGUUAUGAAAUUUUGCACAUACAUAUAUAUGUAUAUAAAUAGACAACGUUGUGAAUAUUGGAAUCGGCUAUAUUUAUAUAGAAUUAAUAUAAGGACAUACCGUCAAUUCGGUAUGUUUUUUACUCUAGUAAAAAUUAAAAAUGUUUAUUUCAAGUGUAUUUUUUACAUCAUGCUAGGGCAUGAGAUCAAUGAGGUCAGGGCAGAUUUUGGUGACACAUUUCCAGGAGUCAAUGGUGCCAUUGAUGGAACCCUAAUUCAUAUACGAUGUCCAUCAGAAAACAAAGAAGCAUAUAACUGCAGAAAAAGAUUUUAUGCUUUGAACGUUCAGGUACAAGUAUUUGCUUGUUAUUCUAGGAGUAAAUGCCAUUGUUUUACCUUAACUGUGCCUGCAACAGUUUACUGUAUACUGUAAACUUAUGUCCGGUUCACUUAUAAUAGUUUGAAUACCUUGUCAUCAGUAGAUAAUUUAAGUCUAAGUUUUAAGUUUUUAAAAUACAGCAAAAACGUGACAUUAUUGUUUCCCAAAUGUUUUAGAAUGUCCAUGUUCAUUGAUUUAAACUUCACCCUAUAUUUUCUCAAAAAUGCUCUCAUAUAAACUCUUAAAAUUAUGCAGACUUAAAGACAAGUAUAUCUGACAGGUUAAAGAUCCAAGCAUUCUAAAUUUAUCUCUUGAUGACCAGUUAUUUGAUCUUAUAUAAAAUGUGGGAUGUGAUAUAACAAUGCUAUAGUUAUUUAUGAUUUUGAUUAAACAUACCUUAUCUGAAAUGUUCAUGGUCUAGUGCAGCCAUUGAUAAUAAUAGACUUUCUGUUGAAUUGUUUAUGGUGGUACACUAUACUUGCCCCGAUAAUUAUUAUUAUUAUACAUCAGACUCACUAUGAAAAAUCUGAUUCGUCAAGAGCAUUCAAUCAAUUCACAAUAGCUUGUGAACUUGACAUGAUAAAUGCAAUAUCUGCAGCAGAUAUUGCAUUUAUCAUGUCAAGUUCAACGUCUGCCUGGUUACUAAGCCCCUUGGAGUGUUCUCCUCAGAAACAAAAUGGCUGAAGGCUUUGCUUCUGUUUCUGAGGAUGAAUUAUGUGAAAAAUGUAUAAUAAAACAAUUACUGAAUUUGGUUUUCGCAUGAUAUCAUGAAUUAUCAGGCUUCGGCAGAUAACAGUCAGACCUCGGUUUUGAUAAUUCAUGAUAUCACGCUCAACCUCAUCCAAUAAUUGUUUAUUGAUUGAGCUCGAGUUUAGUCUGGGCACUCCUCAGUUGUUUUGAGAUUUUUAGCUUACAGUUUAUGUAGUAUACAUACAUGAUUAAUUAAAGAGAAAUGUAGCAGUAAAAGCAUUUUUUUCAACAGGUUGUCUGUGAUAAUCAAAUGGUGUUCAGAGAUGUUCUAGCAGGAUGGCUUGGUUCUGUUUAUGACUCACGGAUUUUACGAAACUCACUACUAUGGCAAAACUCAGAUGCUAAGUUCCCAGGUGACACUCACCUCCUUGGGGAUGGUUGA